UCACAGUUAUAAUAGUUAAAUUUUGACUCUCUAACGCUCCCCUUCAGGAUCCUCCAUGAUAAAACAGUUUUAUAAACACCGGACCUGUUACAGGUUCUGCAUAAGACAGUUCAGUCUGGGUUCUAAUUAUAUUGUUGUGGUCUGGAGCCGGGUCUAGGACUGGGUCACUCUGCCCUCUGCUGAUGUAGGUCAGGCAUUGCAGCCGGCUCCAUUUUCACCUGCCAGCUGAUCAUGUGUCACUCAGAGAAGAUUCGGUUUCACUGCUGCACCAACCUGCUGCUGUUAGCCCCAGGUGUGCAGCAGAACCGCAGUCCAUUCUGGAUCGGUCGGAUUCAGGAACCAGAACCAUGGGGUCCAAGCAGAGCUGAUGUUUGAGGUUCUGGCUCUACUGCUGACUCUGGUUCUGACAGAGGUAUUUUGUGGUGAUGACGGACUCUGGGUUGGACUACAUCGAGCUGCUGCAACACGAAGUCAACAGGAACCCAGAUAGGUUGUUGGAUGUGGCGAAGGAUGAGGACCAGGAAGAGGCCCCUCCACACUGCAGGACCCUCCUGGCUCCCUGCUCCAUCCCCCGGAGCCUGGUGAUCUCCCCUGGCCUUGGAGGAACACCGGUCACCCCCCAGCUGACCGAGAGCCUGAGGAGGAUCCUCUUUGGGGGAACGUUUCACGUCUUCAACUACGAGUGGAGGAAGUCAUUCUUCCAGUUCAGGGAACCGGACUCUGAGCUGUCGUACAUCCUGGAGGCCGACAGAGGCGGAGCUCGCGCUAUUCAGAUGGUCAUUCAGGCCCGAAUCAUCAAGUUCCUGCUGUUCAGCCAACCAGGCAGCACAGACAGACGGACGCUGCACAGCCUCAGUCAGCUGCAACAGAGGGACCAGGACAAGGCGCUGGCAGCUGCGCUGUCCGACAGCCUCUGGUUGGCCGGCCAGGAGGAGCGGGCCACUGUUACCCUGGUAACCGAGGACUACUGCAUCACUCCUCACCUGGACUACAAGCUGGAUGACUUCACGGAGAAGCUGCAGCUGUUCACUUUUGACAGGAAGGACGACGUCUGGAAGUUCAUCCUGGACCACAUUCAGUGUUUUAAAGCAGAGGGGAGUCAUGGAGUCAUCCUGUUCCUGUACAGCCUCAUCUGCUCCCGGACAGUCGACAGGCUCAGAGACGAUAUGAACUCCAACACCUCCCAUCUGCUGCACCUCAGCCUGGGAAACUUUGUGUGUCGACAGGCUUUACUGAACCUGCUGCUGACGGGCCGAGCCAGUCCUCACGUCUUCAACGGGACGCUGCAGUUUGGGGAGGACGGCCAGCCUCUGGAGCGCCCCCUGCAGGGAGUCCUGUCCCGCAGUGAUGUGGGUUACCUGCACUGGAGCCGGGAACAGAUGGAGCGAGGCGGGCUGCCUCAGGUGGGCAGCAUGCUGAAGACCCCCCGGUUCCCGGUCUGGGUCUGCUGCAUCAACAGCAGCUACUCGGUUCUGUUCAGCCUGAACCGGUCCCUGCUGUCCGACUGGAGGAUGGAGCACCAGUUCCAGCUAUUCUACUGCAACGGCCAGAACUCCCAGAGAUCCACAGCCCGCCUCACCGUGGAUACUCACUCCCACCACUGGGAGGCGCCGCCAGCAGAGGCAGACCCGGAGAAACGGUUCCCGUCACUGGAAAUGACCAUCAGGACGAAGUGGGACGGCGCCGCCAUCGACUGGAAUGGAACCGACCCAUUCUACUGAGCGCUAUGGCUCCCCCUGCUGGUGGAGACAUGGAUG